AUGUUGAUCGCAUCCACCCUGAUAGUUAUUUCGGGGUUCGUUCCCUUGAUAGCAGCGAACAACACACGGCUUUGGUACAAGGCCCCUGCCGAUUCCGAUGCCUGGACGGAUGCUUUACCAAUAGGAAACGGCCGUCUUGGUGGCAUGGUGUUUGGGGUACCUGUACAGGAGCGUAUACAGCUCAACGAAGAGACUAUCUGGUCGGGUAGCCAUCAGGACCGUCUGAACCAAAACAGCUCACAGACAGUCUCAGAGGUUCGGAACUUACUCGCACGAGGUCGGGCCGGGGAUGCGGAGAAGCUGGCAAAUCUAGGCAUGAUGGGCACACCCCAGAGUUGUAGAAACUAUCAACCACUGGGAGAUAUGGACAUCUUCUUUGACGGCACUAACGAGUACGACAACACGACUUACGAACGUUGGCUGGAUCUUGAGACUGCUGUGGCUGGUGUGAAGUUCACUGUCAACGAAACACUCUACGAACGAGCAAUAUUUGUGUCAACACCAGACGACGUUCUCGUACACCAUUUCCGAGUCACCGGAUCUGAGAAACUGUCAUUCCAGAUCCGUGUACACCGACCAGAGGAUGGAGGGAACGAGGCUUCCGACCAAGACUGGAACGCGAAUAGUGUCACGUACAUGACGGGAGCAACUGGUGGCGUUGAUCCUAUUGUGUUCACAACAGCUUUGGCCGUAAACACGGAUGGUAAUUUGAAGACGCUUGGCGAAUUUAUCGUUGUCGAUAAUGCCACGGAAGCGACAGCUUUCUUCGCGGCUUCUACCUCGUAUCGACACAACGAUACGCGUGCGGCUGUAGAGGACACUUUCCAGCGAGCUCGCCAGUACACGUACGAUGAACUUCUCCGACGCCACAUUGACGAUUAUGCACCACUCUACAACGCCAGUAUCUUGGAAUUUAGAGGGUCUGACGCGAAAGCUAGCAGUCUACCAACCGACGAGCGCAUCAACGCGACACGCGAAGGGGCUAUCGAUCCUGAUCUAACCGCUCUGUCGUAUAACUACGGCCGCUACAUGCUGAUCGCAUCAUCGCGCAUUGGAACACUACCAGCAAACCUCCAGGGUAUUUGGAACAAAGAAUUCGCGCCGCAAUGGGGCUCGAAGUAUACCGUCAACAUCAAUCUCCAAAUGAACUAUUGGCCUGCAGAGGUCACAAGCCUUUCAAGUCUCCACACACCUUUGUUUGACCUUCUGGAGCUUAUGCGCAAGGAUGGUGCGCAUACUGCUAGUGGAAUGUACAAUACCUCCGGAUGGAUGAGCCAUCAUAACACUGAUCUUUGGGGCGAUACUGCACCUGUAGAUCGUUGGCUUCCUGCUACAUAUUGGACCUUGUCUUCCGGAUGGCUUGUCACUCAUAUACUGGAGCAUUAUUGGUACACAGGUGAUAAAGACUUUCUAGCUUCGAAGUUGGAGACAGUAUCCAAGGCCAUUGAAUUCUAUCUCGACAUACUGCAGCCAUACAGUGUCAAUGGGACGGAAUAUCUUGUUACCAAUCCAUCGGUAUCUCCAGAGAACACUUACAUUGGCGCGGACGGGAACUCCUACCAUUUCGACAUGGGGCCAACAUGUGACAUUGAGAUCCUUAACGAACUUUUCACGAACUACCUCCGUGCAGUUGCUACUCUCACCAAUGCCACCACCGAUUCGUCUUUCCUAAGUCGCGUCCGAGAAACCCAAGCCCGGCUCCCCCCAUAUCGCUACUCAACGCGCUAUCCUGGUACACUCCAAGAAUGGAUGCAAGACUAUGAACAGGCAGAACCGGGCCACCGCCACGUCUCGCAUCUAUACGCUCUAUACCCCGGUACCCAAAUCCUUCCGCCUGGUGCCCCAGGCUACGAUUCUAAGCUCUUCAACGCCGCAGCUGCUACUCUCGAAGACCGGCUUUUCCACAAUGGCGCCGGAACGGGAUGGUCGCGUGCAUGGACGAUCAACUGGUAUGCGCGGUUACUAAAUCGCACAGCGCUGGCCGAGAACACGUACCAGUUCUUCAACAGUAGUGUGUACAACAAUUUGAUGGAUGUCAACGAAGGUGUUUUCCAGAUCGAUGGAAAUCUAGGCUUCGUCAGCGGUGUUGCGGAAGCGUUGCUCCAGUCGCAUAUCAUAGAUGAGGAGGGCGUACGGGAGGUAUGGCUUUUGCCUGUACUUCCUGAGCAAUGGAGUACCGGGAGUGUGUCUGGGCUUGUAGCUAGGGGCGGGUUUGUAUUCGAUCUUGAGUGGGCAGGAGGCAGAAUCAGCAAGAUGAAGAUGCUGAGUCGAGUUGGUGGGGCUUUAGUAGUCAAGUACGACGGAGGUUCUGGAAAUGGUACAGUAGCCGAUGAGACUGCUACGGCCAGACCUGGAACGAUUCGAGCGGUAUCUGGUGGAAAGAUAAGAUUGGACACAAGGGUACACCAGACGACGGAAUUUGAAUUCAUCUGGUGA